UCUGUAAUACUAUCAAACAACUUCCCAUCUGACUCCCUCCAUCUCCACUAGGACUUGGGAUUGUUAGGGACAAAGGUUACUUUAGCUGCAUAAGCAGUACUGAGACAUGUUAUGCGUAAGUAAACAGCGGCAGAGCAGUUCAGUUCAAAAGUAUGUAACGUAAAAAAGGAUAUUUUGUCUUCUGCUGUAAGCGUAUAGUAACUUGAACGACUAUCCCUAAGAUGCAGGUCACUGGUAUUGGUAAUUCUGCGACGCUCCCUUAACUGUCUGAUGAAAUCCUCUUACUGGGAGCUCGGCAAUGAGAAGGCAGUGAAAAUAGCUGUCAAAGAAAUAAAAUAAUAAAAAGGGUGAAUGACACUCAAUCGGAGGAGAGUUGAAAGAGUUAAACACCUGAUUUAAAAUAAGAAAUAAGAGGAAGCUGUCAGAGUUCACCUACGGAAUUAUUUGUUUUGCAGUAAUAACUGGUUGAGCAACACAGCAGCAAGCCAGUCAGCAACGCUACAACGAGAAAGGCAAAAAAGAAAAUGGCUUUCAGUUCAGUACGCGACCAGGAUACCAGCUUUUUAUUUAGAUUUUCUUGUCUCUCCGUGUUGUGUCCGUCCUCUUCUCUCCUCCUCACAUCCAUCUGUAUGAAGCUGGCAGCCCGAAUGAAGUUCGUUAAUUAUAAUUCUCAGGUUCAUUUUGCCGAUACAAGCGCCGGAGAGAUGGCGGUCCGCACACACUGGGAGCAAAGGCGGCGAGCUAACUGGUACGUGACACACUGCAACUCAUGCUAACGAAAAAUGGACUUUGAAAAAUAAAAGAAAAUAAAAAUACAAAAAGAAAUAACAGUAUUGGACAUAUUGUGAACUGUUGCUGUAAUAAUGGAGCUUUGCGGUUUUAUUUUUUGAAAUUAAAAUCGAGUCGAGGAAGGCAUAUGGAACGUUUUGUUUUUAUUUUAUUUUAAAUAAACUUAAAGGAUUUAAAAAAUAUAUUUUAAUGUUUAUUUAAAGCAGCCUUUUUUUUAGCGUGUAUGUAACGUAACAUAAACUAUAUCGUAUAUUAAGUUUAUAUGAAAUUAAACUAAUUCUCCCUUUAAAAAAUAUAUAUUUAUAUAUCAUUUAUAAUAAUUAUAUCUAAGUCAAAAUGUUUAGUCACAGCAGAAUGAACUCUGACGGACUGUACACAAAAGAGAUGACUGGACCCAGUAGCUCGACCCAGCUUGGGGUGCCCUCUCAUGAGCCUGGAAGUCAGGAUAGCUCGUGGAUUGGGUUUUUCUCUUCAAUGAUUUCAAGGCCGAAUUUCUCCUUCUUACAAAGAUACCUACCCGGGCGGCCUCAGACACAGAGCCACUCCAGCAGCGGGACUGGGUGGAUCAGCGGGGAGUUUAAGCAAAGCCUAGCAUGCGAGCAUAUGUUUCUAGCCCGACUUGAAGAGGAUUGGAUGCAGACGGAACACCGUCCUCAUGUCGGCUUGUUGCAUUACCAAAAUGAAAGCAACUACGGUAUCGGCGGCGGCCAGGAACCAUUUUCGCUCUUAUCAACCGGCACGUCUCUUGACUGGUUUACCAAGGACGGCCUCGGAGUGAUGGGGAUACAUGGUGACAGAGAUAUGGACAUGUAUUCCAAAGACCCUGUCCCUGCGAAUGCACAUGUGUCUGCAGCGAGGCAUUGUUUAAACCAGGUUCUUGUCAACGUUAUAUCGGCACAGGACGCCAAGAGCGGCAGUGAGGUGCUGACUGGCAAGAAAGGUCAGAUAAUUGAAAGGGAAAAUUCGACAUGGGUGUCGGCAGGGCAGGUAAAACAAACCUGGUGGGGGCAUUUUUGGGGAACUGAUUAUAACAAUACCGCUGGAAGUGGUGCACAGGGAGUGGAGCUUUCGGGUAGAUCCAGACCAGUGCAACAAAGUAAAGGACAGGACAGUACAGGGAUUCAUCAGCAGCUGCAGCCCAGCCCUGUAGCCGCUCCUUUGUGUGCGGAAAACGCUGGAUAUCAGUUUCACAAAGAGCGUCCUCCUGUCAAUGCAAGCUCACAAACGGCCUUACCGGAAACUUUUCUCUCUGAAAAGCCCCUGUUAGCGUUUGGGAGGCCCUGUGCUUGUGCGGCUGUUGCAGCCACUGCCACAUUCAGCACUGAGGCGAUAGUGCUGACCCCAGACCAGGACAAUGGGUACUCCAGCUGGGAGGAGGAGCAUUUCGGCUCCAAAAGCCACAAAAUGGAAGCUUGUUGUUCAAGCCAGGCCUCCUCUGAGGCUGUUAGGUCUGAGCAGCAGAGCUGUGGGGAGGUGGGGGAGCCCCACAUUGGGGUGAGCAGUGGGUCUAUGGGCCCCGAGGGGGAGAUGGAACAGAGGGAUACAGGAGAUGCCACUCUGGCCUGUGAUGACUCAAAUGUGGAAGCACAAAUUGAGGUCGCCAGUCAAAGCCUGCCCGUUUUCGCCAGCCCCCAGUGCCAAAACAAGACCAUUGCAUUUAUCAUGGGCGCCCCCUGCAGUGAGGAGAGUGAGUCAGAAUUGGACCAGGACUGGGAUAGUGACGAUGAUGAUGAUGAUGAUGGGUUCAAUAGUGAGGGGUCGUCUGACUUUUCCGAAUCAGAAGAGGAUGAUACUGAUGAGGAAGAGGGUGGGACAGAGGAAGCGGAAAAAGAAAGGCUCUGGAAUUUGUUCAGUCAAAGCAGGGAUCCCUACAACCCCCAAAACUUUACCGCUGCAAUCCAGACUGUUAAGCCCAGAGCUCACUUUGAGGAAGAUGCAAUGACUACAGAGGAGGAAGUAACAGAAGCAGAGUGCUCCUCAGGGUCUCAAAGCCCAUGGAAUUGUGAGGAUGACCACAGCAGUUGUGAUGAAGCAGAGAGUCUCAAACUAUGGAAUUCCUUCAGCUGCAGAGGGGACCCCUAUAACCCCCUGAAUUUCAUGGUUCCCAUCAGUACUAAACAGGGAGGGGAGCGGUGUAGCGCCCCCUUGAGCAGCAAGCAAAAAGCGGGCAGGAGAGCUCCUUCACCCUCCAUGCAGAUGGAGGAGGCAGAGGAAAGACUGGACAGCGGCUUCUCCGAGACCUGCCACACUGAACAAGCGCAGAAGACAAGCAAAAGAUGUGGCAAGCAAAAAAAGGUGAUGUUUGUGGACGAGGUAGAGGAGUUCUAUGCCAGCUGUGAUGAAGAUCGCCGUGGCCCCUGGGAAGAAUUGGCCCGUGACCGCUGCCGCUUUCUGAGGCGGGUACAGGAAACAGAGGACACAGUUGGAUGCUGCCUUGCGCCAGCCCACCGGCAAAAGGUCUUCGAAAGACUGUAUGAGAAAUGCUGAGUUUCUGAAAAAAAAAAGGGACAGCAGCUCAAUCUACCUUAAACUUCAGGGAGACGGGAGUUCCAGAGCAGAGCAUUCAAUAUGUCUUGUCAAUCCCAUUCAGAGGAAUCUGGUUUAGGCUGCACUAAACUUGGCCCCCUCAAAUGCUAUACCUCUUUGCAAGGUCAUUUUCAGCUGUGUGCAGUGAGCGGGUAUGGUCCCAGCUCAGUCCCCAGUGCAUGCAGUGAAAUCACAGGUCACUAGCCAUGGUUCGAAGCCAGCUCACGACACAAGCGUUCUGAUGCGAUAUCAGUCUUUGCACAGCAGUAGUUUAAUGGAGUUAGAAUCAAUGAUUUGCAUCCCUAACUUUAGCAUGGCAGAUAUUAUCAGUGGCCCUCCUUUUGUUGUGCCUUUUGAUUCUUCACUGUCUACAAGUAUAAUUCCUUACUGUGACGUCGGUCCCAUAGACUGAUUACCAUUGGAGUAAACCGAUUAGAUACCAGGAAGCAACAACAAUAUUUAAAUCUUUCAUGCAAAUGUCUGAAAAGGGGUUCAGUGAUAAGCCUCCUUUUGCUUAUUAAACAGUGUGUUUUUGUGCUUAAGCCUUAGUUGGGAGCUGAUCAUUAACGUAUUGAAGAGGCUUAUAAAACUACCACAUUUCUUUUUCUAAAAAUAACCAUGGGUUGGGCUGGUCUAGGCUAUACCUGAACUGUGCAUUAUUUAGAGUAAUGGAGAUCUUAAAAUAACUAGAAGGUUGAUUCCAAAGUCCAGCUAAGCAGCAGUUUGAUUUGGAGGGGUUGGUGAUCUUGAAGUUUUUAGUCGUGAAAAAAUGGGCCAAUUCCUGGGGUUCCUGUGGAUGUUCUGCUGAGUAUAAAAGACAUUGAAAACAAAACUAUCAAUGUGUUUGUCUGCCAAGACUAAGGUGUGUUCAUUUUACUGAAUAUAUAAAAGGCGCAUCAACUAUGCUCAGUGUUAAUUUUAGGACAUAUACAAAUUGUAUUUUUUUCUUUUCUAAAUCAAUUAAUAAAAUAGAAAAAAAGAAGUUGGGCACAAUAAUAAGGCAAGUGGAUAAUCUUAAAUGGCGUUAUUAGGAAUCAUACCAUUCCAUAUGGCAACAACAAUAAACUGAAAACCAUUUCUCUUUUAAUUCUGUUUUAAUUAAAUUCGCUGUGGGUUAAACCUGACUUCACUUGAUCCAGGUCUCUGGCUCAGAGUAAUACAUGCGAUUUAGGCCACUUUAAUAACUGCAACUCGUGCCUUCUCUUGGAAUAUUAAUCUGCAAUAAGAGACUGCCCUCAGGUUUUUUUUAGAUCUAUGGUGUAAGAAGCAUGUUAUAUUAAAAAGGUGUGCACGAAGCAACAUGAGCUAGGGUGUGGCCAUUCCAAGCAUGGGUGGGGCAUGGGGUACUGUGGGUGUGGCCAGCACAACAUCAUAAAACCACUGCCGGUAUUUCCAGUACUUUGGUAAUUUUUUAACAAACAACUAAUAUAGCUGUUCUUAAUUCAACACAAUUAAAUUAUAUCAAAUUUUAUUUUUGUAUAACUUCCAUUCUGGGUUAGUGCUUCUGCAAUAGACAAAGGAAAACAAAACAAAGUGGCAGAAGCUUAAUUAAAAUAAAUAAAUAAAUAAAUAAAUAAAGCUUCUGUCUGACCAGAUAUACUUAAAAGUAAUAAAACAAUUAUAAAAAAUGUUCAUUCAAA